UAACCACUCGUCCUUGUGUAUCGAAAAUUGAGCUUGCAGAGACCUCUACAGGUCUUGUGCUUUGCCUCGCCAAUGAUGUAAUCAUCACAAAUGAAUAGACAGCUUCCUCUGUGAAGAGGGCAACUAGUUGUGUGACAUAGCGGAUAUGUACUAUAAUUGUCAAGUCGGACACCGAACAAAUUGGUUCCUCUUUAGACUUAGCUGCAAUCUGUUGGAAAGAUCAAGUGCAUGCGUCAAUUCGCCCGAGUCAUUCUGUCAAUCAUAAAAGGGAUGGUGCUGCUAUAUGAAUAAUCGUCUUUUAAAAAAAGAACCUUGUGAAUCCGUGUUCUUGAAACCAUAUGACUUAUAUGUCGUGUUGUUGAUUAAACAUCCGCUCUAACUACUAUAAUAAUCGAAUAGAUUUCCUGUCUUGGCUCUUCAAAUCAUGCUAUUAGUUAACUUUCAAUGUUUGUUUGUUUGGUUGAAGCGAUAAAACCUUUGAACCGAUUCGAACUGUUGAAUACAAUAACGUUAAAGUCAUUCAUAGCUACCAUAUUGCACAGAUGGAUGGACUGUUCGACCAAUCAGAAGUCAGGUGAUGACAUCAUGCCAGCACGCCCGUUAGCCGAACAGGAUACUCUAUUUCCAUUGGCUGACAGGACGACAUCUGGAGAUGUUGAAUUGCAGACCACCAUUAAUACAGAUCUCGUCGGAGAUCCCGAGAAGAGAGACAAUCAUACUACCAAUUUUAGCAUUACUAAACCCGAUUUAAUGGAUGGUAGUUUGGUCGUUCCUCUCCAAGAAGAAACAGAUAAUAAAAUCGAACAAAAUCCAAACUCGGAAGAAAGGAUUACGUGGAAUAAAAAAGCCGACUUUUUAUUAUCUAUUAUCGGCUUUGCGGUCGAUUUGGCAAAUGUUUGGAGGUUUCCUUAUCUAUGUUAUAAAAACGGAGGAGGAGUUUUCCUUAUUCCUUACUUCCUGAUGUUGAUAUUCGGAGCAGUUCCCCUUUUCUACAUGGAACUGGCUCUUGGCCAAUAUAAUAAACAAGGUCCCAUCAGCAUUUGGAAGAUAUGCCCACUCUUUAAAGGUGUGGGAUACUGUGCCUGUCUAGUCUCUUGGUACGUGUCCUUUUAUUAUAAUGUUAUCAUCGGAUGGACCGUAUACUUCAUCUUUGCUUCAUUUUCUUCUGAUCUUCCUUGGAUUCAUUGUGGAAACGAAUGGAACACGGAAAAGUGCAGAGGAGAUAAUUUUACUCAACAAAAUUAUUCUAAUUUAUCCGUCGAAUUGAUUUAUUUGAAUAAAACUUCACCCGUGUUCGAAUUUUUUAAGUAAGUUUAAUAUUAAUCUAUGAAAGUUGCGUUUAUAUCUAUAAGCAUAGAAACUUUAUUUAAGGAUCCAUUUUUAAUACGGUAUUUUAAAUUAUAAUAGUAGAUUUCGUAAUGAUAAUAUGUUUUUAAAUGAGCUGUUUACGAC